GGUGAGCGCCGCGCGGGGAGCACGGGCUGCUCGUGUUUCGGGGCUGUGGUAAGUGAGCAGGGACGGGCAGCCGUGCUGCGUGGUGACUGUGGGCUGGGGGGCUGCGGGGCUGUGGGGCUGUGGGGUGUAGUCCUGCUCUGAGGGUCGCUGCCCUCCGGUAUGUUGUGGGGGGCGGCUGUCCCGCUGCCCGUCGGGGGUAUUCUCCCCCCCCCUUACGGGCACAGCCGCAGAGUUCAGCCGGCAGCGAAUAGCGAGGGCACCCGGGGACGGACACUGAGGGCAGGACAGCUGGGCUGGCGGAGCGGCUCCCCCUUCUCCGCCUUCUCUCCCCCCGGGCCCGUCCUUGGUAACGCUGUUUGUUUUGGUCGGGCAGUGCCAAACUCUGUAACUGUUAAAAACAUGGGGCCGGGGGAGGAGACAGGUCGAGGAGGAAGAGGAGGAGCCGGCGGCGGGAGGAGAGCUGCGGUCUGAGGCCCCCCGGCUGUGCCGGGUGGAGGACUGUGUUCGAUCCUGUGUGCGGCCCUCGGGAUGAAGGGAGAGCUCCGCGGGCUGAGAGACGAAGCUGCCCGGAGUAGCGCUCAACAAAGGCUCUAUUCUGCUCCUGUGCCCUGCGGCCGAGGGCUGACAGAGGCAGCGAGAAGGGAAACGCGAGCCGAUGCCGCCUUGCUGAUAGGGCAUCAGCCCAGCGGAGUGAGCGAGAUAAAAACCUGUGCAGUAGUCCAGCUGGACAGAACGCUGAGAGAGGAGUGCAUGCGGAUGAAGGGCUCUGAUGAACAAAGCUGCACUGUGGAAAAACUGUCCGUGAAGCUGUUAUCUGAAGGAAAAUAAGCCCUCCGAACUCUUUUCUCACUCUUAAGAUAAUGGCUAAAGGAGGCCCUCGGGAAUAAAAAGUGUGUGUUCUUGAGAGCUAAUCACACCUUGUGAUCUUGGGCACAUCCACAGUGGUUUGGUGGGGUGAAAGGGAACUGUGCUGGAGCACAGCCAUACCAUAUCUCUGCACUGCCGUACAACGCACUUCUUUCCUAUAUGGAGUGAUACAGAGCUGCCUCAACAGCAGGGCUGUCUGUGCUAGGCUGGUUAUUCCUUGUUAUUUUAGCUGGAAGCUUGCAGAUAGAAAAAUGGACUAAAGCUUUGUACAUAUAGAAAGUAUUUUUAACUUGACCUCAUGUUUAGGGUUUAUCUCUGUGGGGAAAACCUACCGUAGGGAACAUGUUUUAGCAGUGGGUUGGGCAGGUGAUCUCCAGAGGUCCUUUCCUACCUCUCAGAUUGUGUGGGGAGAGGUAAAUAAAAGCAACAAACAAAAUGGGACUGAUCAGAAGAAAGCACUCUGUAAUAAAAUCCAGUGCCAAACAUAUCAUACCUAAAGUAAAAGUGAACAUCUGUUGGUUUUUUUAAAGCAGGAGGAGCAGAGCAGGUUGUAAGCAUAGACAGAGCCUUUAAUGGAAAAGUGGGAUGUUAAUCUGUAUAUUAAAACAAGAGUCUAAUAUGUAAUGCUUAAUGAACAUAUUAAAAAUUAGAAGAUGGUGUUGUUUAUUCAGCAUAGAGAGUUAAAAAGGGUCCUGGAAGGCUAAAGGGCUUUUAGAAAUAUGUAGGUCACUCUGAAGGCAAUUUCUCUUGUUUAUUUCCAAGAAAACUACAACAGCUACAAAUAGUACAAUAAUGUCAGUGAACAGAGUGCAUUCUCAAUAGCAAAACACUAUUUCUGAACGUGUUCACUAUCAUUAACUAUGUGUUUUCAUCAGCAAUAAAGAAGACCCUGUGUGCAGCCUUUGCAAUGUUCUGUGCCAGUGGAGGAUGCACAGUAGUUUACCACCCACCGCCUUACUGUGCUUGCAUCCACUGUUUGGUCUCUGCUGAAGCAGUAGACACGCCGUGAAGGCAAGGGAUUUACAAGACCUCUUGGGCAACUACGCAUCUAACAACGCACAUCAGUUUUUUCCAUGGACCACGUGCAACAUUGACCUUCUGGAGAUCUUGUUUACUUCACCAGCUAAAGGGGAGCACAAUGCCUCUCAACGAUGACCAGAACAGUGAUUCAGAUUCUUCUCGCCUCUCUGAAAGUACAGCUUCUUCUAGUGACUCUGAAUAUUCAAGGCAGAGCUUUAACAGCGAUUCUUCAAGCAAACCCAGUUCCCCAGCGUCAGCAAGUCCUCCCAAGAUGGUUACAUUUGAUGAACUGAUGGCAGCUGCAAGAAAUUUAUCCAACUUGACAUUAGCUCAUGAAAUUGCUGUAAAUGCAAAUUUCUGUAUAAAACAUGAAGACCACCCACAGAACAGCUUAGCAGGCACAGUGAAACAAAUAGUACACAAGGCAUUUUGGGAUCACCUGGAAUCAGAACUGAAUGAAGACCCUCCAGAAUAUGAACAUGCUAUCAAGCUCUUUGAGGAAAUUAAGGAGAUUCUUCUUUCCUUCCUGACUCCAGGAGCAAACAGGAUUCAAAAUCAAAUUUGUGAAGUUCUGGACACAGAUCUUAUAAGGCAGCAGGCAGAACACAAUGCUGUUGAUAUUCAUGGGCUAGCUAACUAUAUCAUCAACACUAUGGGAAAAUUAUGUGCUCCAAUAAGAGACAACGAUAUAAAACAGUUAAAAGCAACUGAAAAUAUUGUAGAAUUACUGAGGCAAAUCUUCCAUGUCCUGGACCUGAUGAAAAUGGAUGUAGCAAAUUACACAAUUCAAAGCCUUAGACCGUACCUUCGGCGUAAUUUGGUGGACUAUGAAAGAACAAAAUUCCAGGAAAUUCUUGAAGAAACACCAAGUGCUCUGGAUCUCACAACAGAAUGGAUAAAGGAAUCAAUAGAAGAUGAAUUGUCAUCCAUUUCCAAUGAAUCAUCCUCAUCCCCUGGUGCUGAUCAUAGUUCUAAAUCAAGUAUUAGUCCUACACUGGUGCUAAACAAUGGCUACUUGAAACUAUUACAAUGGGACUACCACAAAACAAUUCCAGAGACUCUAAUAACAGAUGAAGUUCGUCUUCAGGAGUUGAGAGAAAAGCUGAAUCAAUUAAAAAUCAUAGCUUGUGUUUGUCUCAUAACAAACAAUAUGGUGGGUGCAGCAAUUGUAAACGUGCCUGAUUUUGCCAGCCAACUGAAAAGAAUCUCUGUUCCUCUUCUUGAAGGCAUGAGCAAGAAAACUUUUGAUUUGAAAGAAGCUCUGAAUGCUAUUGGCAUUCAGAUUUGCAUCAAAGUGAAUGAGUCUCUCGCUGAAAGAGAUCUUCCUACUCUUAAUACAGAAAUGCAGAAUAAUUUGAUGGGUCAAAUCGCAAGUAUUGUUGAGGAGAAUAACCCCGUCAGUUCCUUGAUUGAUAAACGGAUCCAGUUGUUCAUGAAAAGCUUGCUUGCUCUUCCAAGUUUUCGGAAAUGUAUGCCUACACUGCCAGGAGGCCUUUCUGUGAUUCAACCAGAGAUGGAACUCGUUGGAUCUCAAUUUGCAAGCAUUGUAGAAUUUAAUAAACAAGUGUAUGGACCAUUCUAUGCAAACAUACUUAAAAAACUACUUUUUCCUGAGGCAGCAAUAGGGAAAGCAGGAAUAGAAGCACCCAGCAACUGAAAAAACAACAACAACAAAUACCCACCUAUUUCUGUCCCCUUUUCUUUUACCUUUGGUCUUUUUUAAUAGAGAGAUUAUAGUCCGGCUCCCCCACUAAGAACUCCAGUGACUAUUAAUGAGAGCAAGCUUGUAAACUGUAUAUGGAUGGUUUCUGAAAUCCACUGGCAAUAAAUUAAUUUCAAUUAAAUAUAUAUUUUAAUGAACUAAGCCUGCUUAAUGGACCGUGGCACUUGUAUUUCACCUUUUGAGACAAGCGUUUAUUAUUUGUAUUUGUGGUGGGGAAGAGAUGGUGAAGUACUUUGUUUUGCCACCAUUAAAACAUAAUAUUUUUAAAAAUAUAUUUACAUAUAUCAAUGCUAUUUUGAGAUGACAGAAUAAUUGUAGAUAAAAUGCACUAUGCUUACAUUGUAUUUUUUACAGCAGCAUCUAAUAAAAAAAUCAUUAUUCUGAAAAGACUUUGAAGUAAAAAAAGUAUAACUGCUUUUGUAACCAAAUCCAGGUUUAUAGUAGGCCAACUCUGGUGCUCCUGCAAAUACUGGAACUAAACUUAGCCCACGUUAUGUUCAGGAAUGCCAGUAUUACAAGUUGUUCUGGUAUGGAAGUUGCAGAAGAAGCAUUCAUUAUUUAAAAUAGGAAUCAUUCAGUGGUUGUCAACUGGACAAGAUGGAGAGAUGAAACACUUCAGAAACACGAUGCCAGGCAUGGGAUGGGGUGGGAAUGCAAAUGUGUAUGAUACCCAUGUAGCAAAUGUCAUACAGAUCUUAAGUGUAACCUCUAAUAUAUAUAUAUAUAUAUACGUAAAUUGGUCUUAAUGGGUACUAAAUAUUUUUAAGGUUGGGCUUUCUGACCUUUAUUCUCAAAAUUAUUUCUUACUCUCUUGACUUUGGGAGAGCUCUUACAGAGUACAACAGAGGACCUUCACUUUCUGUAAUCUGUUGGAUAAGGGCCUAGAAUGUUCAAAAUGUAUUUUGGGUACUCUUGUGUCAGAAAGCAGACAAGCAGACCCCUUGCAAUUCUUGAAAAUGUUAUGUUCACUCUCAGUAGGUGUCUGAGAGAAGUAUGUCUUCAUUUUAGAUUUAUAUUGUUCUGAAUUUGUCUUUCUCAAAAUCCCUGCAGAUUCAGCCCCAAUACUUGGUUCCCAUUUAAGACAGCAGGAAUCUUGCAUACAGAAAUAGGAUAGGAUUGGAACUGAGAGAUAUGGAAGUAAACUUCUGUAAGUUUACAUGUUUUAUUCUGCAUAUUUCAGAUUACUGGGAAUAGAUACUGCUGCAAUACGUAGUAUACGCAUGUUCUUGUCUAUGAAAAUGAAUCAUAAUUUACUUGAAAAUGAUCCUUUAAUAUAUUAUCAUACAGUGGUCCUUUUAAAGUGUCAGAUAUAUAUAAAUUCCAUGUGGUACAAGUUAAAUAGCUUGUUUUUAAUAUUUUAUACUACAAUCUAUUCUUAUCGAUGCGAAGAGUUGCCCAUAAAAGCUUAAUGUGCUACACACAUUGUGUAUAUAUUACUAUGUCUAUCAUAACGAAACUGGGCAUUAUUAGCACUGUGGUUUUGUAGUCCGUUUUUACAGAAUUGUGUACUCUUUUUAGUGAGGGAAAUGACUUCUUGUCAGCUGUUCCUCAGUGUCUGAGGACUUUGGCCAUAUGUACUUGGUAUGAAAAUCUUUUUUCUGAAAGGCCUUGUUAGAAAACAAAUGGCUAUAAUGCACUUCUGUUCUGUCCUUUGUAAAAAAAGCAUUUGUAAAACUGAAUAUGUAUUCUGAAGGGAACUUCUAUUGAAGCCUGAAAAACCCGAGAAAGGAACUCUUAGAAUACAAUAACUGUGCCAGGAGGUAAAAGGGGUUGAUUCAAACAGGUAUGGAACUUCGACAUGCAAUUCAAAAUCAGCAAGAGAAGAAUGCAUUUCAAAAGCACUUGUGGGAAAUUAUGAUUUGCUACACCCUUGGAAAUACAUACUUUGAGUUUCAGCCAAAAGAUGAUUUUUUUAAUGGGUAUUGGAAGAACAUUUAUAAUGUGACUAUGAACUCUCAAUACAAUAUAUACAUUCUACUCAUUCUACUCUACUACUACUUUAAAGAAAAACUUUUUUUUUUUUUGGUGUGACUUGAAAAGGGCAUUUUAUGGCAUGGCCUGUGUUUCAAGUGCUUGUUUAAUGUAUCUUAAUUUUUAUUUAAUGUUUCAACCAUCAGGAUUGCAUCUGUUUAAUGUCAUGUUAUUGCAUGCUGUAGACUCUACCCUGGCUGAAAAGCACUUGCCUUCCACACUGAAGCUGUCCUUGUGAAACAAGAUGCCAUUCUGUAACAGCUUAUUUUGUUGAAAUACAGAUCUUUGAAGUUUUGUAUGCAUUCAGUUAUUUGUGAUACCAUUGUGCUGAAAAGUCUCUUAUGCAAAUUGUUUCUGGAAUGUAAUGGAUCAUGUUAAAUGCUGAAGAUAAAGGACUGUGCUAAUA